AUGAACCCAGAUACAAAUGGACAUAUAUGCUUUUCAUUGGCGUAUACAUGCACUGUUGGAAUACUGAAUAUAACAAUUAACCGAUUAAUUGGUGUUAGUAACCUUAUUAAAAGUUCAAAUAUUUUACCAAGUCAAUCACCAACUAAUUUUGUUGUAAGUUUACGUUUAAGACACAAUAAAAGUUCUACAAUUUAUACUGAAGAACAAGAUGAAGACAAUGAAGGGAGAAUAAAUUCACGUAAUAAAAGUGAAGGGUUCCAUAAAAAUUAUUUCACACAACCAGUUUUAACUUCAUUAAACCCAAAUUUCGAUCAAUCAUUCCUAUUUUCCGUCACAAUGAAUGAAUUAGAUAGUACUGAAUUAGUUUUGACGGUAUUACAGUCAACAACAGUGAAUAGUUCUACUGAUGAAUUUGCCAACUUAAAUAAUAAUAGAAUACCAAGACGUAAUAAUUCCGUCGUCUCAUGUCAUCAUUUCUAUCCCUAUGGAAAUGAUAGAUGUUCACGUAGAAUGAAUAUGAUAUCUGAAGAGAUGAGAUGUAUUGGUGUAACAUUUUACAAAUUAAACCAACAUGAAUUGAUUAAUUGUCCCGAAAAAAUGCAAAAUAUUUGGCAGGAAUUACGCAAAUUACCAGAGUUACAAAGUAGACAGUCGAAAAUAGCAAGUUGUGAUAACAAUGAUUCGAUAAGUGGUCCAAUAAAUUACAAAUUAUAUCCAUUCAUUACGGAAAAUGAGGAUCGUCAAACAAAUGAGUUCGGGGAUGGAAAAACUUUGUCGAAUAUUAGUUCAGAAGUUUCGCGAAUUGAAGAGUUAAAACAAUCAAUGGUCAAAGUAACUAUUCAAUAUAAAAUAGACUCUUCUAUCUUAGAAAUUUAUAUAGAAGAGAUAAAAAAUGUCAAAAUUUUAAAAAAUGAAAUUGAAAUGAUAUUUCAAGCAUUAUUGUGCCUUGGUAAUACAACCUUAUCCAUUGUACGAUGCAAACCAAUUCGACUUGUUAAGAAAAAAUCAUAUAAUGAAGAGAAUAGCAUUGAUCAAAGUGACCUAUUCUACAUUUGCAAUCAUAUUUCAAUUCCUAAUGAUGAACAUGUUUCAUUAAAUGUAGAUGUGAAUCGAUUACUAAACUAUAAUAAUAUUGGAAUAAUAUUACAGAUAUUUACCCGAACAGAUACAUCGAAUCACUUAAGACAUGUGGCAAAUAUAUCAAUUGGUGUGACUAAAUUAGCCGAUAAUUUAGCAUCAAUUCAAUGGAAUGCAUUAAUUAAAGAAUUAAAACAAUUGCAAAGUAAUAAUCAAUUAUUUGGUUCAACAAAAAAAAUCACUUAUUGGCAUUUAAUGGAAUCAUUUUGA